CGGUUAUUCCGAAUAGUUCUGUCUACAUUCGAUCCAAUGGAGCAUUGGCCUUAAUACAAGUGUUCUACACGUUUCCUAUUCUUGACUCGAUAUACUUCGUGACUCCGUUGGAUAGAGAAUUGACAGACAAUGAAAUAGAAACCAUAUUCAAUGGUUGUCUCCGGUAAAGAACAUUUUGUUAAGCCUGAAAGGCUUCCAAAAUACUUUGGAAUUGAUGUGGAUGAUACUCUCCACACAGAAAAUUCCGAAGCAUUUGAAAGAAAUACAGAAGCAUUCGCCAAAGUGAGAGAAAAGGGAUAUGUACCCUUUAUUUGCACAGCAAGGUCAUUUGAUUUUGCAUUCAGAAUGUUAGGAAAGGAAUUUGUAGAAAAAACUGGGUACAAGGGAUACCCAGGUGUCUAUAACAACGGAGCCAUCGUAUAUAACGAUGAGGGUGUGUUGAUUAAUGCUGUAAAUUUUACCAAGGAAUUUAUUCAUAAGUUUUUAAAAUGUAUAGAAGAGGGUUUUGUCACAAGCAAGUGCAUAUUUUUCACAAAAGGUCCCUGCUAUUCAUUAAUUGAGAUAGAUGAUCUUUGGAAGGAUUAUCUUGCUUCUAGGGGACUUUCUGUCCCAGAUGUUAGGACUGCCGAAGAGAUAUCAGAGAUGGACAUUGUCGCCAUAUCGAUUAAUAGCAAAAACGUCGAAAUACCUUAUUAUAUAGAGGGCGUAGACUACAACAAGAAACUAGCGAAAGCUGACUGGCUUUAUACGCUGAAUCCAUCCGGUGUUACAAAGGCAUCUGGAGUAACAAAAUUUUUAGAACACUAUGAUAUCCCGGCUGACAAUUUUGGAUUCAUAGGCGAUGGAUACAAUGAUAUAGAAAUAAUGAGUAUGGCUGGAAUCUCAUUUGCAAUCGGAAAUGCACCUAAUGAAGUAAAAGAACACGCCCAGUGGGUGUUAAACAAGACUUGUGAUGACGGGGGUGUCGCAGAAGCUUUGAAACUCGUAUACGACUUAUAGAAUAGCAACACUCUAAGUUUUAUGUUAA